CCUGGCGGCGGCGCGGGCAGAACUCCCUCCGACUCCGAGUCUGGUAAUGGAGUUAUCUUCCUUUUUGCGUCACCCCCGGCUCGCUGCUGUUUAUUGAUUCCACACGGGUAUUUUCGGACUGCCGAGUAUCAACCACCCGCCUGCCUCAACCCCGGUUAGAUGCGCUUCUGCAUCGCUUUAUUAAAAAUCCUCAUCUGUUUUUUUCCUCUCAAAAUUGCUUUCCAGCUCAGGUCUUGUGACCUAUCAAAUGAUCAUUCAGACAGAUCGACUUAGUGCCUCCCUGUGACAGUGUGUGCCUAGAGAGCUCUGAUAGAGGGCUUCCUAAAUCAACACAGACUCUGGGGAGGCACUGCCAGCAGUAUUACUCUUGUCAGCCCCAGAGAAGACUCUCAGCUCAAAAGGGCUGUAUUUGAUUUAAUCCAGCAUAUUAACUAAUUAAUCUUCCCAGUGCCCCUAAGUAGUAGGUAAGUACAUUUUAGCACGCCAAGGCAUUUGUUUAAUUGCCCAAAAACUGUCAUGAGACUGAAAGUCUGACUGCUAAAGGUAUUUACAUAUGCCCAUUUUGUUGGUAUACACAAGACAUAUGACUUACUGUAGUUGAACAACAUACUGUAAACAAACAAAAACCGAACAAGCUAAAAGCAAUACCAGAGCAAAGAGUUACCUAGAUUAAACUAAUUAUCUGUUCUUAAAACAUUAAGCUCCCUGGGGAAUCCCUGCUGCAUGAGAGCAGGAAAGUAAGGUUUUAUAGCAGGGAUCCAAGGUUCAAGUUCUAUUUCCCAUUUUCACCUGUCAUAGGUGCUGAAAUUUGACAACAAAGUAGAGACCAGUGAGGGGUAAAGGAAGCAGCUUGGGUCCACUCAGAGUAAAAUCAAAUGUGCAGUACAUAUCUUAGAAGAUAUGAAGGAGGCAAUGUGUACAAUAGGCACUGAUUUAGUUAAACAAACAAACAAGCAAGCAAAAAACCACAACCAGUUAAACAGAACUGAGACCUAACAAGGCUCAUGCUUUUCAGUUUUAACCUGCCCUUGGAAACGGAGAAUGCUAGAAUACAGUAGACAUUAGCAAAAAAUAACAAUAAUAUUAGAGUAUGAAAAAGAAAUAAAAGCCAAAGUUGAAAGUACUGGAGAAAGGGUCUUAUAAAAGAAGAACUGCAGCACCUGGUCAAUUCAAUUCAUUAGAAAAGAGGGUGGGAGAUAACUAGGUUCAUGAGGCUAAAAAUCUUUACAUAAAAAAUGAACAGACAUCGAGUUACUUCUCCAUCUGCCAAAGAAAGGCAUAACAGAAAUGGGUGCUGAGAUGCUAAAGCCAAAGCAUUCUGAUUUAAGUGAGAGCUCACAUUUUUGAACAGUGGUGGGUUGAUGACCUCAUGAAGGAACAAUCAGAAAACCUGCUGAAUUCUCCACCUAUUUAUGUCAAGACUUGAUGUCCUCCCAGAAGUUGUAAUUUAGCCAAAGCAAGUCAUGGGGCUUCCUGCAGGAGUAAUGGCAUGGAAGCUAAUGACUAGUUCAGACAAAAUGAACUCCGUGGACUUAAUAGUAGCUUUGAUCUCUAGUUCCCCAGUCAGACACAAGGACAUACAGCUCUCCUCCCAGGUGCCCCAGGCUCUACUCUAGACAAGCACAUUCCCAAGGGGAGUUUUGACCACAUGCUAAGAGCAGAACAAACAAGUGAUCAACUUGCGUUUUGAACACCUCAAUUUUCCUACUUUCUCCAUUAAUUAACUCUCCCCCAAAUAAAUCCCUUUGUUCACAGUGUCGUAAAGUGAAUGAGUUUAAAACAUAGAUCAGUAUCCCUGGGGAGUCAGCCAUGACUCCAAAGUGAAAACAUAUCUUACCCCUCCCUAGAUAAUUUUUUAGGAUCAUGUGAAAAUUAUGACAGUUUGUUCUUCAUGAAACUGCAGAGUCUCAGAUGGGAUCAUAUCUGAAAGUAUUCCAGUCCAAAAUAUUUUGAAGGAUAUAUUUAUAGGCUGACUUUACUGCUUCCUUCUUGAAGCACAAGACAGUCUGUUUUUUCAGUUCUGAGAUCAUACACAUAUAAUAAGAUUUCAUCCAUCUUUCUUUGAAGCCAAUAGGAAUUUUCCUAGAAAAUUCAAUGAGAACAGAGCCACUUCUCAGUGGGCGAAUUAAUGGCUUUCCUGUGAAGACCCUGCAACUUUCAAGCAAAUAGGAUAGCAAAAGCUUAUGGAGAUGUAAAUACAGUCCUAGGCUCUUCAUGGAAAAAAAAAGUUAUGAGAAUAACAGAGUAGUCUAUCAUAGAAUAUGUGCGGUUUCUCAGACAUCUUAGUUCCAAAUGGUUAAAAUUUUGUCUUCACAGCACCUGAGCCAUUAAGGUCAUCAUAAUGUAUAUGUUUAACCAUCAUCUUAAAGUAUAAAGCCAUGACUGGGCCCAAAAAAGCACAAAAUGGUCCAGUCAAGAAACAAAGAAAACAUUUUAAGCCAUUUCCUAUGGAUUUGAAAGCCUGGCUCAGUCCGGAGUGAAUGUACUGAACUCAUUAAACCACCCGCUGUGCCAAUGGGAGCAGAUUCUAACUUAGAUUCAUGGGCCACAUAGACUCAUAAUACUUUUUUUUCAUUUGCAAGCAACAAGAUGUAGAAAACCAUGGUUGUCAAUUGGAAACUUCCUUAUGGUACUGAGCAAUUUUCUUCUUGUAUAUGUUUAUUUCCUGUGGCUCAUCACACAGCGGCCCUGUCCUGUGCAGCCAUCAGCUCAGGGCUCAGCUGGGGCUGGGCACUCCAGCUAGUGUUGAUGCUGCUACCACUGCUGAUUCCUUGCUGUCACCUCAGUGGAACGUCCCUGGGAGAAAACUAUUCUUUCCCUGAAAUAAAACUGUCAGGCGGAAGUCCAGGCACUGGCAAAACAAAAACAGUGAGGCGGAGCCACAUAGCGUGUGAUUCUAUUGUUUCUGAUCCUCUGCAUGACAGCUGUAUCAAUAAUUUACUGAAAGAUGGAACACCAUAAAUUAAAUCUACCUGGCAGAUGAACACAAGAAGAGCAGGUUUUUCAAAUCCUGCAAUUUAAUUGUGAGAGUACAGAGUUAGAGGGUCAGGUGGAUUGCUGCAUGGAGGGAGAUGGAUUAUUAUUGGAAGAUUCCUUCUGUUACGUUGCAAGUGUUGUUAGGGAGAUGUUGCGUAGAAAUCUUAUAUAACCAUAUAAAAAAAAAAAACUGUUCAAUCCACAAGUGAGCAGGAUUUGAGCACUGGUCCUUGGUAACCACCAACUCCUGCUGCCAACGCUUGUCAGUAAUUGGGAUACAGCUCUGUGCUUUGGCCAACUCUUCCCUGCAGGUCCUGAACUCCCUGAGUGCUGGUUGGGACUUUCUGAGCAAAGUCCUUCAACACACACUUAAAAUCUGAGGCUGAAGGCACUUUCUUGUGUCUAGAGGCCACUAGCACAUCUGGGCACACUCUGCCAACAGCAGCAGGAUGUGCCCAAGAGCAUUUUGAACCAGGUCUUAAUGAUGGGCCUGUCAAAUUGUGCAAAGUGAGCAGCUGUUCCCUGAUGCCCAGCAAUAUGGUUAUGGUGUCCUGAUGGGGUUUGGACAUCCUGGUCUGACAGCAAAGGAAAUAUAUGCCUGCUGCCUGCCCUUUGCCCUGAGCUGGGAUGAGCUGACAGCGCUGGGAAGCGUUUGGGUCUGCCAGCACCUCUUCAGAGCACCUGGGCAACAGCAGGUGUGAGUCAGCCUGCACACUGCCUCGUUAACCAGCUGGGGAAGCAACAGGGAGCAGGAGAUGUGCAAUUAAUAGCUAGGGUCACCAGCUCCACACUAAGUAAAUUAAGAUAGAAGGCAGUAAUGUGUCGAGUUCCUUUGGCCAGGAGCUCCAGCACAAACAAGAACCACAGCAGUAAUAUUCCAGCUAUUCUAUUCAAUUUAGUACUAUGGGAGGUGAAGAACAAAUACACAGUUAGCUACCAGGGCUCCAAUGACGACCCAACUUUAAGCUAGGCAUAACCAUGUUUACCCACACCAAUUCCCUUGCUACUCAAGGACAUCACCAUGUGGUGUGCAUGCAUUACUCAGGAACACCAUAAUACCAUAAUUUUUUGAGCUAUUGGUGUUUUUAAGAACACGUCAUUCUUCGUUCAGUUCUGCCUCAUUAGUAACAUCCUAUAUGCUGACUUAAUCUUGGAUGUACAUUCAUAACUCGCUUGUUGGGAAGUGUCUAAAAGCACUCAUGCUACAACGCCAGGUAUUACUCACACCACACACUGCUCAAGUGCUGUGCCACGUUUGCCUGACUUAUGAUGAUAAAUGACUAAACACAGAAAAUCUCUUAUAAGCCGUCUUCUUUGAUCAACUUGUGUUCACAUUACUCAUAUAAUCAGUUCUGCCGAAAUGCAGGAGGAUUACUCAUGUAAGGCAAGGAUUUUUUGUCCUAGUGAAUAAUAAUAAGCAGCAGCCAAUCAUGUAAUAAAAGCAGCAGAGUCUGCUAUUCACUUCCUGGGAUGUGCGUUGAAUCUGCCUCAAACUUCUGUUGGGGACUUGGCAACACAAACUACAGCCACCCAAAUUACCCUGCAGCUCUCUAUUUUGUGUGCAAAGAUCUUGCUGAUUUACAUCUACUACUGCUCCUCCUGGAGACCUCAGCAGGCACUGAAGGAAUGCCUCCUUCCAGCUCCUUCUGAGGAACGUGUUUCUUUGAGAACCCCUCCUGCAUUAAUUAGCCCACAGACAACAUCAUGCAAACAGGGCAGUGAGGCAUAAUCAAUUACACUUGUAUAACUGCUGAUGAAACACGAUAACUAAUUAAUGAGACCACGUGCUCAAACAAAAGAGAAAUGCAUUUGAAAACCAGCAAGAGCCGAACAGUGCGUGUAAUCCUGAUGUGCUUACAGUGCAGAAGACCAGCUCAGAUUCCUAAAUUAUUGCAUGGAAGGCUUUCCAGAAGCCAGAGACUGCUAGCGGGAGUCAGCCAGGAGCAAAAAGCAGCUCCUUAGCAGGAAGAAAAGGAUCCUCUGUAAAAACAGCAAUCUUCAGAGCUGAAGUAGAGACCUAAAAACAAUGGAUUUUCAGAUCCCAUUUUUGAUACACAGGUGGUUAUUAUUAUUUUUUUUCUGGUUUGGACAACAAAGCAUUAAAUCAGUACUUCACUGAAAAAUGUAAUUUGUGUUUUUGCCAUUGAAAUUCACGUUGACAUCCUGAAAUGAAAUAAAUUGUCGUAAUGGUGCAUCAGCCAGACUUUGCAACAGCAAAAAUCCAUUUUCUUUAGAGAGCCUCCCACAUUAAUAAAUAACUCAUCCUGUGAUUUAUGUUAAAUCUAAAAAGCUCUCAUGGCUGGCCUGGAGCAAACCGUAAUGACUUCCAUUCUACGGUGCAGAAGUAUGGAUCUACAGGGGAAGAAAAAGAAGGUGCCACCAAGUAAUUACAGAAGCUGCUCCUGCAUCUUAUUAAAGCAAAGACAUUUCUUCAGCGAGUGGUGUUCUAGAACAGACUGUCUGGUCACUCAGCUCAAAGCAGCUCAAUACAAAUGCAGCUCUUGUCCACUCUGACAGUGAGGUACAGCUGGAAGAGCGUUAUUUUUAGCGUGGCUUCUCUGCACCUUCCUUAUAACACCCAGCCGCAUUAAGCACUCGUGCACCUCUGUUAGGCAUCUGUUUUCUCUAUUUUACUGAUGGAAAAGCAAUUCGGUUAUUUCAUGUGAUCCCCUGGAAGGAGCCCUCAGCACAGUAGUUCCAAGAAGUUCCUGGUUGCCCUGUUCUGCUCAGCUCGCCCACCUAUUGAUCUGUCAUUUCCCUGUACUAGCAGCAUCAUUCUAUUUCUUUAAGUCUUUUACUUCAUGACCUCAAGACAACAAUGAGAAACCAGUCCUUUUUAGAAAUGUGCAAAUUGAUUAUACAUCUUCCUCCGUAAUUCUCAUUUUUUCCCCCCCUCCUAGUGGUUAAAUAGCUUUUUGCAAACACAAAUGGAGCACUUCAUGCAUAUUGCAUUACUUACAGAGCUGCACUCACAGAUGGCUGGAUGUGCCAGAAGUACCCGGCACUCAGUGCUACACCACUCUGCACCACGCAUAGUCAGUGCUCCCUGGACAAAAAGGGCAGAAAACACGUGGGAACCCAGAAUGCCUGCAUAGGAUGGCAUCCUGCAGGCCCAAGUGCACAGUGGUGGAUGCAGAGCAGGAUGCCCAGAGGGAUACCCCUCAAAUCCUGGGGAUAUUUCUCCCUAUGGGAUCCCAGCAGCUAAGGCUUGCAAGGCUGGCACAUAAUGAGCCCAGCAGCGCUCAGAAUAACCCAUCACCAAGGGAUCUGUUGGCCUUCACCGCAACCAGCUCCAAUUUCACCUCUGCGUGCUUUUCUUCACCUCCAUCUGUUCCUCUGUGCUCACCUUUGUGGACUCAGCGUCCUGAUGUGGGUGCUCAAAUGGAGUUAGCUCUUCAGCUUUGGAAGUGGGUCCCACAGGCAGCAAAACAAGGAGGUUAUGCUGGUUUGGCUCUCUCUUGCAUUGGAGACAGGAAUACAAAGUUUAAGGACCCCCGUCUGCAGCACCAUUGCCUUAUGUCUUUGGUCAAGUUAAAUAACUCAGUGUUUAUUUUGCUUAUUUCUCAGAAGAAGAUAAUGGUGUUUGGCCAACUUGCAGCAAUAUUAAUACUGGUAAAGCACCUAAAAAAACACAGAUGAAAGAAGAACAGAAAAGCGCUGUUCAACCCCUCCAAUUCCAUUUUGCUAUGCAGACAAAAAAAAAAAACCCAAACCACCACAUAUUGGCCCUGAAGCUGGUUUUUUUUUCAGUAGUCACAUCGCUAAAUUGGGCUUAAACCUAAAAUAUAUCACUACGUUUUCUUUUUGCUGAUAAUUUUAGCUUAGCAUAAUAACUGCUCCACUUGAAUGGAUGUAAACACUGGAAAGGGUUAAAGAAAAAAAGCCCCAAAUUAGCGGCAGAGGGGCAGAUGCUGAACCCCACUGCAGUGAUCUGAGGCUGUAAAACGAGCACACGAAACUCCAAACCCACACAGAAAGCAGCAGUGUGACGAGCAGCCCACAGCAGCAUCCCUCUGCCCCGUGGCUGCCGGCGCUGACGUCAUUCCUCUCCCCGCUGCCGGGCCGUAAUGAAAACCACAUCUUGUGUCUGCUCCUACUGCCCAGCUCACAGCGACCAGCCUAGUAAUCAAGACUAAAAACAACGCAGCGGGCAGGGAAGCGAGGCUGGCAGGGAUUUUUUUCUGCUCUCCCCUUCUCUUCUCACACCGUGGGUUGCAGCUCCUGCAUCGCAGCUCUCCGUGCUGCCUUCCCGCAAGCAAUGCUGCAGCCCAGCUCCACACACAGCCCCGCGUGGGGCAAAAAUGCUGUUGUAGCAGCAGGCAUUGGGAUGCUUUUGUAUCUCUCUGGAUUUAUUUCCCAUUCUGUCUGAGCACUGAGUCAUCUCAACGCCCAGCUGCACCUGGAGUGAAGCAUGAAUUUUGCUCUGCAAGCACCUGCGUUAAUAUUGCUGCCGUGGGAUUUGCUAGGAGUCUGCUCUGACCCUGCUUUUCUAGGGCAUGUAGAAUCAUACAACAGCUGAGGAUGGAAGGGACCUUAAAGAUCAUCAAAUUCCACCUCCCCUGCCGUGGGCUGAGUUGCCAAUAACUAGAUCACCUGCAAGGAGGAAGGGGCUCUUCCAUCACCUUCCUGCAGCAAACUGGGACCUCUGCGGUCAGCAAGGAGAUUUCCUGUGCCAUAAUGACCUCUGCAAAGAGAAAGCUGGAGGAAGCCCAACCAUUCCGUCUCAGUGAGCACCCCUGGCUGAGCUCCUUACCACCCGGAGCUCUGUCUUCUGAUCUAUCACCAUCAACACCCUGAUUCUCCUUGUGUUCCCUGCAUUCUUUACAAAGGGCUUUGCACAGGGACAUCCCGGACCCCCCUGGGCAGAGGAUGCUCAUUAACAGAAGGACUAAACAAGUCACCUCGGCAGGCAGUGGGUGCGGGAUGGGGCGAUGAGGGUGAAGCAGAAAGCAGCAGGUUUAGAUCAGGAGUAAUUUGGCACCAAACCACACGCUUAGGAAGCCAUGCCUCUGAACACCGAGGCCUCUCCUUCUGAUGUGAUUGCUGUUUUAGCUCAUUUGUGCUAAUGAAGAACGCUGUUGUGGUACAAACAGCGGUUGCUAAUGAGCACGAUGGCAGCAGAGCUAGCCGAGCUGGCCCUGGCCCCCAGCACAGCCCCACUCAGCCUACUAGGUACACAGUGAGGAGAGCAGCCAUCAACCACAAGAAAAGCUCUUCCUCCCUCUGGCUGUGGAUUUACAUCAGUCCCCUAAGACUUCACCACUUACAUAGCUGUGGAAUGGAUGAAUGAAAUCCCUGAGCAAUGCCUGCACCUCAGUCUUGCCAAAAUCCCCCCCUGCUGAAGGCUGCUUCUCCAUGGCCUUGGGGGUAUCUAUGAGGCGGGGCAGAAAUGAGCUGCGCUUGCCCCAGGUAGGCGUUGUCCCUCCAUUGGGCAUUUCUUAUGGCUGUGGGUAGGGGAGAGGAUGUUUCCAAGUGUUGGAGUAGCAAUAUGCUGCUCUCACUUAAAUAUCAGUGAUACUUUCAAACGUUUGCUUUCACUGAGUACAGCCACAAUUACAGAGUAACCUCAUUUCAGCUGUUACUGAGGCACUGCCUUCAGCAACUCAGGGCCCUCUGCCACCCCAGGCUCUGGCCAGAAAAGAUUACUUUCUUACCUUACAGACAGCAUGAGGAAACGACACAGAAAUAAGGGCAUCUGGACUGUAGCUGUUCACAAACCAGGCAGCUGUUUCUGCCUGGUGUUCUGUUUAGCUGAGAUCUGUUUGAUGCAAACCCAGGCAGACCCACCCAAGUCCUUCCAGCUCAACAAGGAGUGCUGAUAAAGACCUGCAAAGGAAAAGAAUUAAAUAAAGGAUUGGACACAGUUGAGCAAAACGCAGCAAAACCUCUGCGUCAGCCCAUGCCUUGCCUCAGAGAUGCUGUGUUUGGGCUGGGGAUCGCUUUGGUUAGAGGAGCUAUUCCCCCCGUGGCUAAAAUGCUGGCACACAGGCAUGUGGCCCUGAAGCAGCCAAACCCAGCUCUUAUUUUCACCUCAAAGAUGCACAUUCGCUCAAGAGCGGCAACCAUUUUUCACUAUCAAUAUCCUCAGCUAGAACAUGCAUCCUUUCAGCUUGUGGAUGCUCGAGGUAAGGAUCAGUGCAAUUCAAACUGUGAUCAACCAGAACGUGAAACAAAUGCUGUGUUUUAUUUAAUAAACUCCAGCAAGACAAGGCCGCCUGGUAGACACAAUGUAAUUUGUUUGGGAUGUAAAGACUGAAAAAAUAAUUGUUUUGGCUCCAAGGCAAUAAUAAUAAUAAAAAAGUUCUGCAUGGACAGGAAGGAAGCUAUCAGACUAAAAUGCAUAUUAAAGAAACAAUAUUUCUUUUUUUCUGUAUAUCAGCAUGCAGAGAUUGUCAGUUCUCGUUGUUUUGCUCAAAGUCAUCACACAUCUCCAGGAGGUCAUUUCUUCUUGUCUGGGAACUACGCAGUCCGUUAAAAACAAGAGAAAGAGAAGGAAGGAAAAGGACACUGUCUGAAUAGCGCCUGAAAAUAUGACUGAAGAUGAAGAAGCAUGAGCUAAUUCAUUCCCGUGGAGACAAUCUUAUGAUUGGGAAGAUGCAAUCAUCAUGUAGAGCAGACGGGCUCAGUAUUUCAAAGUAUUCAGAGAGCUGGGUUGCCAUCACUGGAGAACUGGCAAUGCGACCACAGCCCUGAGCACGGAUUUGGCCUGGGACGCCCAAGCCCAGCAGCAGCCAUGAGCAGCAUCCUGUCACGCCUGGACCCACGGCGGGUGCCAUGGGGGGCUGCAGGCCAUGCCCUGCGCUCCCGAGUCCUGCGCACCAAGCCUGUGGAGUCGAUGCUGGAGGGCACGGGGACAGCAGGAGGCCAGGGCACACGGUUGGCCAAGGUCCUCACCACACUUGACCUCAUCUCCCUCGGUGUUGGCAGUUGCGUGGGCACUGGUAUGUAUGUGGUGUCCGGCCUAGUAGCCAAGGAGAUGGCGGGGCCUGGAGUCAUCGUGUCCUUCAUCAUCGCUGCCGUUGCCUCCAUCUUGUCAGGUGUUUGCUACGCUGAGUUUGGCGUGCGGGUCCCCAAGACCACGGGCUCUGCCUACACCUACAGCUAUGUGACAGUGGGGGAAUUUGUGGCUUUCUUCAUCGGCUGGAACCUCAUUCUGGAGUACCUGAUCGGCACGGCCGCGGGUGCCAGCGCCCUCAGCAGCAUGUUCGACUCGCUGGCCAACCACACCAUCAGCCGCUGGAUGAUCAACAGUGUUGGGACACUGAAUGGGCUCGGGAAAGGAGAGGAGUCAUACCCUGACCUUCUUGCUCUGGUCAUUGCCAUCAUCGUCACCAUCAUCGUGGCCAUGGGUGUGAAGAACUCGGUGGGACUGAACAACGUGCUCAAUGUGAUUAACCUGGCAGUCUGGGUCUUCAUUAUGAUCGCCGGGCUCUUCUUCAUCAAAAGUGACAACUGGUCUGAAGGGCAGUUCCUGCCAUUUGGAUGGCCAGGGGUGCUCAAAGGGGCUGCAACAUGUUUCUAUGCCUUCAUUGGCUUCGACAUCAUUGCUACCACAGGAGAAGAAGCAAAGAGCCCCAACACCUCCAUCCCCUACGCCAUCACGGCCUCACUCGUUGCGUGCUUGACAGCAUACGUGUCUGUAAGCAUCAUCCUCACACUGAUGGUGCCAUAUGAUGCCAUCGACACCGAGUCCCCACUGAUGGAAAUGUUUGUGGCACGUGGCUUCUAUGCAGCCAAGUUCAUCGUUGCCAUUGGGUCUGUGGCCGGCCUGACUGUCAGCUUGCUGGGGUCCCUCUUCCCAAUGCCGAGAGUCAUCUAUGCCAUGGCUGGGGAUGGGCUACUCUUCAGGUUUUUGUCCCAUGUCAGUUCUUACACAGAAACUCCAGUAGUGGCUUGUAUUGUCUCCGGGUUUCUCGCGGCGCUGCUCUCCUUGCUGGUCAGCCUGCGGGAUCUGAUAGAGAUGAUGUCCAUCGGCACACUGCUCGCCUACACACUGGUGUCCGUCUGUGUCCUGCUCCUCCGGUACCAGCCUGAGAGUGACAUCGAUGGCUUCGUCAAGUUCCUCUCUGAGGAGCACACCAAAAAGAAAGAGGGUAUCCUAGCUGACUGUGAGAAGGAAGCUUGCUCCCCUGGCAGUGAAGGAGAGGAGUUCACAGGCCCACCAACCAACACAUGUGGGGCAAAAAACCUUCCAUCACUGGGGGACAACGAGAUGCUCAUUGGGAAAUCUGACAAAUCCACCUACAACGUGAAUCACCCCAACUAUGGCACAGUUGACAUGACCUCGGGGAUUGAGGCAGACGAGUCUGAGAACAUCUACCUCAUCAAGCUGAAGAAGCUGAUUGGCCCUCGCUACUACACCAUGCGGAUCCACCUGGGGCUGCCUGGGAAGAUGGAUCGGCCCACAGUAGCCACUGGCCACACGGUCACCACCUGCGUGCUCCUGCUCUUCGUCCUGAUGUUCAUCUUCUGCUCCUUUAUUAUUUUUGGGUCAGACUACAUCUAUGAGCAGAGCUGGUGGGCCAUUCUCCUUGUUGUGCUGAUGAUCCUGCUCAUCGUCGUGCUGGUGUUUGUCAUCUUGCAGCAGCCAGAGAACCCCAAGAAGCUGCCCUACAUGGCGCCCUGCCUCCCCUUCGUCCCCGCGUUUGCCAUGUUGGUGAAUAUCUAUCUCAUGCUGAAGCUCUCCACAGUUACAUGGAUCCGAUUUGCUGUCUGGUGUUUUGUGGGUCUGCUCAUUUACUUUGGUUACGGGAUGUGGAACAGCACGCUGGAGAUCAGUGCCCGUGAGGAGGCCCUCCACCAGAGCACCUACCAGCGCUAUGAUGUGGACGUUGACCCUUUCUCCGUGGAUGACGGCUUCUCCUACGCCACCGAGGGUGAGAGCUACCCAGACUGGGGCCCUCCCGAGGACAAGGGCUUCUCAUACCAGCAAAUGGCAGGAGCAAAGGAAAGCCAUCGGACGAGUAGCAGAUCGAAAAGCAAGGGCAGGCACAAACCGUCCUCAGAAGCCCUCAUUGCCAACGACGAGUUGGACUACUCACCUGAGUAGUGGGGCGAGCAGAGGGAUGCUGUGCUGCCAGCCAGCCAGGAAGGGCCUGCGGCUUCCCUGCCCCGUCCUGUUCUCCACCACCACCCCGUCACCUCCGGUCCUCGGGUCACACGCCGCAACCGCUGCCGACCCAAAACCAAACCCAUCCGAGGGCUUUGCCAGCUGAGUCCCACACCAGGGAAUGCUGGAGCCCUGGUACCUGCCGAGCCCCAGUUGGCGCCCAGUGGGAGAUGUGCCAAACUGAGGGGGCUCGGAGAGGUGGAAGGAGCCACGUGGGGGGACAAGAUGGGUUUUCCCUGGGGAAUAGUCACCCUAUGGCCACUCCUGUGUGUUUGGCACUUUCUUAGCACGUGUGCUUUUUCCUCGAGCAACCCAGCAGUGAUAGCUUAACCAGAGGGGCAGGCAGGUAGGACACGAAAGUGAACCAGCUUCAUCCAAGGGGGUGGCUCAGCUCAGUUGGCCCCAUCACUUGGCGUCUUCAUGGCUGUUCCAGCACUAAGUGUAUGCAACAGGGCCACUCCGUGCUGGUCCCCAGGCCCUGAACCCAAAGGUCCUAAAUACCAGGAUUCGGUGUUAGUCCAUGUCUUUCACCACUCUAGGCAGUCUCAAACAAAUCCUGAAAUCCUGGUGUAGCCAAGCAUCCUGAAUCUGAGCUUGGCCUCAUUUCAGAUCACACCUGACCUAGACUUGUGCAAGCAGUCAGCAAGCCCCACGCAGUGUCCCUGAGAUUGGACUGGACACUGCUCCCACCACUUUAUCCUUCCCAAAACAGCCAGCCCAUUGUUCGUGAACUGUUGUGGGCACAUCCCAGCACUCAUUCUGGCCUCCAUGCUGUUUCUAACCUUGGCUUGGUGGAUACUGUGUGAAAAGAUACAAAAAUACCGCUUGUUCUAGAGACACUUCUGAUGUGAAACCUAAAGGAGUGACUGGGAGGGCUUCAGGACGGGAGCAAGGGUUUGGUAAAAGGACCCGUUAAGCUUCAAUCUGGACCCCCCACCUGCUGCCCACCCUUGCUACACUUCUACAAGCAGAAACCCGAGAGCAUUCCACCCAAAAGCCUCCAUGAUGCACAUAAGCUCUACCAACCCACUUGGGGAGCUGCCCUACACACCUAUCCCCAGCGGUGCUGAAGCCUUUGUGAUGGUCACUUGUGCCCUGCUGCUCCCCUGAAAGAUGCCUUAGAGAUACACAGGAGAGAUGGCACCUUGCGGGUCUGGCUUUAUGCUUUCAGGGAGAAAGUUCGUUGCUGUUUUCCUACCAGCUCUCAAGCUAAACCACGGGGUGGUCAUCCUCGUCCCACUACCGCAUGGUAUUUAGGCAUCUGAUGGAUCACAAACAUGUGCCCAAGUACCCUGCUGAGUCGAAGCCUGUUACUCCUUUUGCAGCCUUAAUCUCUUGCUACAGAGCAGUUUGCAGUACCAGUGUGUGUCGUCGUGUCCACCUGAGUAUCAUUUGGUGAGAGCCUGAUCCCUUGCUCUUUGGCGUCUGUAGGCACCUGUCAUUGUAUCAGUGUGUUGAGCGGGGCCCUUUGGCUGCUGUGGUUCCCCUGCAGCCAUCCACCAUUCCUUGUUCCUUCUCCAUCCCUUUUUCUAUCCCUUCUCCAUCCCCUCCCCUUCCCCAUCUCCAUCCCAUCCUCAUCCAUUCCCAGGGAAGCAGGGCAGGAUGGCUGCCCACAUCCCCAGGGCCACCAGCAAAGGUCAUUUGGUCCGUCACAUCUGGGAAGCAUUGGCCUAGGGCCAGUUUGGGAUGCUGAGAGGGGCCAGGAAGCUGGCACAAGUGUUGCUGUAACCCAAAUAUUUCUCCAUGCCCUAAAAGGAGAUCUUCACGCAGCCACCACGCUACAAAAGAACAUUACCAGCACCACCACUGUCCCCCUCCACGCCAGGAGCCAGCAUCCCUUUGCUGGAGCCCAAAGCAUGGCCCAGAUGGAGCAGAAAUACCUCACAUCCCCCAGACCAACCCAAUGAGAUCUUGGUCCCUCUGCAGGUUGUGACCACAGCAACACAACCCAGCACGCAUCCUCCGUACAGCAGAGAGCUCACGCCCCGAGCGACGCCGGUGUCGCAGCCCCAGCUUGUAAAUGAUCCUCACUCCUCUCGUUUUGUUUUUGGUCCUUCUGAUGUAGAUCUUGCUUUUUUGCAGAUGGUACUUUCUGGUGUAACAGUUCUCUGCAGUUCUGGUAUGAAAUCGGUGUAUUCGUUAAAAGAGUUUGUUAAAUUAUUUUAUUUUACUUUAUUUUUGUGGUUUCCAGAAGCCCAUUGGUGCACUGUACAAUGGGGUCUUGUAGUGUGUCACGAGAAAGAAAAAAACAUGCAGAUAUAUUAUGGAGUGAUUUUUAUUUUCAGAUGAUUGUGUUGUUGAAAACUAUACAUAUAAUAUAUAUAUAUAUAUAAUCAAGAUACUACGAAAGAAAUCUAAAUUUACCAAAAUCUGUAUAUUUUAAUAAAUGCAUAAAGCUUUAUUGUGUGCCUUUACAUUCCAACGAACAGACAAAUGAACAGGAACCAAUGGAUUUUUAAAGGAAGUCAGAGACAAGUGUGUCUCAGCAUCAACUUCCAUAGAAAUGUAAAUCUUUUAAAUGAAAGAAUAAAUAAAUUAAAAAUAAAAAAAAAAAAAAAGAUUUUUCCCAUAUAAGUUUUGUUAAGCUGACCAGUACCUGGAAUUCCAAUAUUUUUUCAAUGUUAAAUUGAAGUCAGAGAUGACAAAAUGCCUUAAGUGCUUCAGAAUUUCCUUUGUAGAAGAUGCAGUUCAAUGGGCUGACUUUGGUAUUUACUUGCACUGUUGUGAAAAAAGAAUGGUUAUCCAUUUGCACAAUAAAUAAAAAAAAGAAAGAAACAAACAAACAAACAAAAAAUGAGAGCCAAUGGCCACAGGUUGACUAUUGCAGCACAAAGCUCACUGAGCUCCUUUGCCACGGACAUGGGGAUGCUCCUGGUGGCACAAUGAUGGGGACACACUGCAAUGGGAGGCGGUGGGUGCUGACCCAGGGAGGGCUCCAUUGGAAUGUGGGGGACCACACCCAAGUUGGGGUGACGACAGAGCAGCCACCACUCCAUUACUGAUGCCAGGCGUGGUGUGGAGCAGCUUGCUGUGUUCCAACUAUGUUUGAUUCAAUUUUGAGGCUUCGAUGAGAUGAGCACCAAAAGCUGUUGAGUGCUGAUAGUGCCAUGGCCAGCCCUGCCCAGCAGCCAAGGAUCUGGAUUGCUCUAUGGGAUGUUUUGGGGGAGUUGGUGCCUGUGGUCCUAGGUAGGGCGCAGGGAGAGCAAGGAGCUGAGCGCCAGCCCCGUGUGCCUGAAAAUGUCAAUUUGCAGCCUAAAGAAAGGAAAAAGUACCCCAAGUGCUGCCUGGCAAGGCUCCAUUCCCCGUAGGAUCCCACACCCCCCUCCUGUUGGGAUUUGCUGAGCUUCCCACAGCAUCACAGUUGAUUCCUUCCCUCUCUGCCACCAGCCCCAGGGCUGAUGUGUGCACAAUCCACAAUCCCUGCCGCCCGCACAAGCUGGCACCCGCACAUCAAUGGCAGCACUGACGCGGCCCUGCCGAGCACACAACAACCAACUGUGCCCUGCUGUGAUGUCAUGGGCACAAGUGUCCUGCAGAGCCCCGGGCUGCACCUCCAGGGCUGCUGGAGCUUGGGGCAGAUGCAGUGUGCUGGAGCAGCAGGGUGAGUGCCAGGGCCUGGGUCUUUAUCUCCAUGCUAUCCCAGGGGGAGAGCAGCCAUCCUCAUUCUCUCCAUUUAAAUGCUCCCAUUUCAGCCUCAUGUCUACCCAGGGCAAAGUGUGGGGCUGCGGCAUCCCUGGCCCUAGUUGGGCUCUCCAACUAAAGCAGGCCAUGGAUGGGUAGAUCUCAAUGGAUGAGUGAGCACAUGCCAGUGCACCUAGGCUUGCCUACUGCCUUGUUUACAGAUCCCUUCUCAGCACCCCAAACCUCCUAGUGGGAUCCCUGCUUGUGCACACAGCUCCAGGAUCUCCCCUUGCUUCAGCCCCAGGGCUGCAGUGUGCACCAAUUACAUGGAGCGAGUCGACAGCCCUGGGAACAGAUGGGGCUUGGUAUCACAGUAAUUGGACUUCUCCAAUGGGUUUCCAAGUCUCCUGGAUGGAAAACAUGCCACAAACCCUUACCCUGGACAAGACACAAGGAACAGCACCCAAGGCUGCAGUUGGUUCCUAGCAGGAAGGUUAGCCAGGUUUUGAAGACUCUCCCAGAAGCAAAGGCAGCCUUCAGUCCGCAGCAGAGCAGAACUUCUCAUCCCAAAUGGCUUCCAAAAAAACCUCCAAAAUCAUUAGGAAACAGCGUCAUGGCAAAGCUGGCUACGGAAGCACACAGGAAGGAAGGAAAAGGAGAAGGCAGAGCCGCAGAUACUCUGUUAUUUAUUGUACAGUAUUUCAGUUGAAGUACAAAGGCAUCAUCAGUAUUCACCAGAAUUGCAUUGUGACAGUGUAACUGUGUGUUAAAAACGUGCUACGGGACGGUGAACACAGAUCUAUGGGAUGAAAGCAAAUGUAAAUGUAAAAACACAUUUUUAGUAACUGAUCUGUACAAAGAAAAAAAAAAAACCAAAACCA